AUGUCUGGAUACCCACACCAGCCUCCCGGCUACGGCUACGGCAGCACGCCUCCACCAGGCAAACCCUACGCCGCGCCGCAGCCAGGCCAGCCAGGCCAGCCCGGCCAAUACCAAGCGCAACCGUACGGAGCUCCGGCUGCACCUUACGGCGCGCCAUCUGCACCCUACGGCGCACCAUCGGCACCGUACGCCGCGCCGUACGCGCCAGAGAAGCCUCACCAGAGCCACGGAAGCAGCGGGCCGUACGCGCCAGAGAAGCCUCACCAGAGCCACGGAAGCAGCGGCGGGGGAUACCCGCCAUCGUCUCCGGGCUAUGGAAGCCCGUUCGCGGCUCUGGUGCCGUCGUCGUUCCCACCCGGUACGGACCCGAACGUGGUGGCUUGCUUUCAGAUGGCGGAUCAGGACGGCAGUGGCUUCAUCGACGACAAGGAGUUGCAGAGAGCUCUGUCGUCAUACAAUCAGAGCUUCAGCUUGAGGACUGUUCAUCUUCUCAUGUAUCUCUUCACCCAAACCAACACCAGGAAGAUCGGGCCUAAGGAAUUCACUGCAGUGUUCUACAGUCUUCAGAGUUGGAGGGGAAUAUUUGAGAGGUUCGACAGGGACAGAAGUGGGCACAUUGAUGCAACUGAGCUGAGAGAUGCACUGCUGAGUCUGGGUUUUGCUGUGUCACCUACGGUUUUGGAUUUGCUGGUCUCUAAAUUCGACAAGACCGGAGGCAAACACAGGGCCAUUGAAUAUGACAAUUUCAUCGAGUGCUGUCUUACUGUUAAGGGUUUAACCGAAAAAUUUAAGGAGAAGGACAAAGCGUACACCGGUACUGGAACUUUCAGCUAUGAGGACUUCAUGUUGACUGUGCUGCCUUUCCUCAUUGCAUAG